AUGAAAUUUGAAUCAUUGUGUAACGAACUAUUUUUUGAACUAUUCGAAUAUCUCAAUGGUGUUCAUCUAAUUCGUGCUUUCCAUGAUCUUAAUUUUCGAUUCAAUAAACUCCUAUUCGAUCAUUUUCGACAAUUUCAAUUUGAUUUUCGAUCGAUAUCUAAGCGCGAUUUUGAUUUUAUUUGUCAACAAUAUCUUCCAUUGAUCAUUCAUCGAGUCACUUCACUUAGUAUUAGUGAUAAUGAAGAAACCCCAAAUUUAUUCCAUCAUCUUCUUACUUAUGGUUUUACUUUACAUCAAUUUACUUGUUUAAAGUCACUCUCAUUCUUUCACAAGAAAAUCAAUAAAAUUUUAACAGAAUCUAUCUAUCUUAUUCAACGAGCACAUUUAAAAUUGAUUCAAUGCUAUUAUAAUAAUCAUGAAGAUGAACUUGUUGAUUUGAUCAACAAUAUAUGGCGUUUACCGAAAUUGACACAUUGUUAUUUAGAUUUUGAGUAUGCAUAUGGUCGAUUAUUUAAUAGAUUAGAUGUUAUUUCAUCAUCGAUCGAAUGCAUAUCAUCACCAUGGAUGCAGUGCUCCUCAAAAGAUUUCCAAAAUCUAUUUGAACAUACACCUCGACUUCGACAUCUCGAUGCUAUUUUUUAUACUGUUACUAGGAAUGAUUUAUUAAAAACUAUCGUUCCUACACUCACAAAAUUGCAUGUUAUAUUCAUUAGUGCUUCAGAAUCUAUAAUGAUCAAUCUAUUUCAAUCUAUGCCAAAUUUGACUAAAUUAACAGUUCAAUUAUUUAUCUAUCAUUUAAACGGACAUCAAUGGAAAGAAAUCAUUGUAAACUAUUUACCUAAUAUUAAACUAUUUCGAUUUUCAAUGAAUUUUCAAUCAUCAAUAUAUAAUGCAGAGACAGAAAAACAACUUAAUGAAUUACUCGAUACAUUUCGUACAUCAUUUUGGCUUGAUGAAAAUCACUGGUAUGUUCGAUGUCAUUGGGAUUCACAGGAUAUAAUUCAAAAUACUCAUAUCUAUACAUUACCACAUAUUUUUCCAUAUUGUUUUGAUAGAACAAGAAAGCCAAGAUUGAAAUUGAAUGGAUGGUGUAAAUCAACUUGUCCGAAUGAUCAAGAAUUUUGGUCUUAUGAUUAUGUGCGUGAAAGUCCACUUACAAGAGAAAUUGAGGAUUGGGCAUUAUCAUCAAUGCGUUUUCCUAAGAUUGAUAUAUUACAAAUUGCUCUUCCUACACAUGAAAGUAUUUGGUCAAUUAUUCCUACAUUUAAUUAUUUGACUUCAUUAACUAUUUAUAUAUUCGGCAACAAUGCACAAUCUCAACUUCAAGCUUUAAUUGAUCGUGCACCUCGUCUCUAUUCAUUAGCAAUUAGAAAUGAUUCAACUUUUCAAUUUUUACAAUGGAAUAUUAGGAGUACAUCAAUACGUCGACUUGAUCUGAUGCAAUGGGAAACUGAAAAUCAUUUAUAUUGCAAUGCUGCAACAUGUUUUACAUUGAUCAAUUCAUUAUGGAGACAUCAAUGUGAAGUUCUUUUAAUUGACAUUGAAAAUCGAUCGAUUAUAAUUGAUCUUAUCAAUAGAAUGUCAAAUCUUCGAUCAUUGACUGUUCGUUGUUAUGAUGAUGAAUUGAGCAAUUCUCAUUUAUCAUCAGUGCAAGAUGAGUUUAUAGAUUGGUUAAAAAUUUGUUUACCGUCCAAGUGUUCUAUUCGAAGGCAUAAACCUGACAUUAACAUAUGGGUUAAUAAAGAAAACUAG